AUGGUAAUAGUAGCAUGCUACCAUGGUGACAGCCAUAUAAGACAUGAUGGUACUAUGGUAACUGGCGGCCUGAACAUCAUACCACAGCUGCUGCACCCUCAGAACAGUACCGACAUGGAAUUGCUGUGGCUUUUAUAUGACUUGAAACACCUUGAAAAGUAUCCAAUGGCGAUGGGAAACCUGGGUGACUUGGAGAGCAUUUCCCCCAGCCCGGGGAGACCUUCCUGCGAAGAGAUUUUUGAAGCCGCCAUCAAUUCAGCCCAACGGUAUUACAAUGAUCAUCAUGUGUAUCCUUACACAUACCUAGGGGGACAUCUCUACCGGCAUCAGAGAUACAAAGAUGCCCUUAAACGCUGGGCUCAGGCUUCCAGUGUUGUUAGCAACUACAACUAUUACCGAGAAGAUGAGGAGAUUUACAAGGAGUUUCUGGACAUCGCUUUUGAAUUGAUCCCAAACAUCGUCAAAGAAUUCUCACACUCGGUAACACAAAACUCGCCCCUUUGUGAUCCUGAGUGUUAUGCAUAUUUCUUGCAGUUUUUUGAUGGACUUUGCAAGUGGGAAGAGGGCAGUGUCACCCCUGUGCUACACAUCACCUGGUCGAAAAAAUUUAUUGGGGUUGUUUCAAAGUUUGCUUCGGGUGUGCGGGAGCUCAUUGAUAUUCAUGUUGAGAAUGAACAGGAUUUUGAAGACGAUGAGGAAGAAGAGGAGGAUGACGACGAGCACCAGAAGGAGAAUGUAGUUAAACCAAAGAUGAGCAAAGAUGAAAAGAUGACGAGCGAAUCGCAUACCAAAACUAAAAUUUCCCUCCGAUCGAAGAACUAUAGCAUUACAAGGAAGAAACUCCGUGAGGAUAUUAACCAAAAUAUAAUCGCGGAGAAGAGUAACGGAAAUGUUAAAACAGACAACCUUGACAGUUCGUCAGAUAGUAUCGGAAGUGAAUUAAAGGGUGGACAACCGUUGGAUGUUUCAAACCCGAAUAUUGCCGCCUUAGCUGCGGCAUGCAGUGAAUCAAUUCUCAAUCCCGAUUACCUUCUUGGUGCCUCGGAGACAUCCACCCCUUUUACUUCAAAAUCAUGGGAUACAAAAACAGAUCUUAAUGAUUUUUUAAGCGGAAGUAACAACGGUGGAGCCUUCCCAGGCAUUACGAUGGAAUCGGCAUUGAAAGCUGAAAGUCCGGCCGAGAUGGCGUUUCAUCGACAGUGGAAAGCCAGGCAGUCAGACUCUCAGGGGGAGGAUUCAGAAGAUGAAGCUUCACACUACACCACAAAUCCUGUGCCAGCAUCGCAGAUGAUGUCACCGAAACUGACCCUUUCCAGUGCGAAGAUGAAAGGGUUAAAGGAACUGCUAACAAAUUCUGGCAAGCUCAACACUGCGGCAAUCCAGCUACAACUGACAGCGCAGUCCCAGGUUCAGUUCAACAAACGCCCUCGUUCUACCAGUGAGUACGAGGACUACGGAAGUCUGCGGAGAAGACCACGGAGGGAAUAAUGUGGAACUUAAAUAAAGUACAAUGAAUAAAAAGGCGAGAAAUUAUGAACCAAAGACAAAUUGUUGUGAGUAGUAAAUUAUAAUUUGAGAAUCUGAUCGAUUGAUGUGAAAAAAUAAGGUCAGUGUCAUCUCCUAUGAUAGUUGGUGAUCAGAUGACCUUAGUACAUUUUUACCAAUAAUUCUAUUUGAUGCAAGUUUUUUGACAAGGAAGGAUGUUUGAUAUGUAUUAUUAAAUGUUUUAUUUUAUGAAGAAAAACAAGAAAACUGCUUGUACAUAUUGAACGUAGCUAAUGAGGGUUUUUACCAUUACUGUAAGUUUGGCCAAAAAAGACAUGUUUUUCUGACAAAGUAAUUAAGAAAUUGAUUUUAAGAGGAUUGUAAAAAUAAACUGGAAUUAUUCUGUGAAUCUAGUACUGACAAGUAACAAUAUCCACUAUUUGUGCAUAUGAAAAAGUUUUCAAGAUAUAUGUCUGUUGUGCUACAGUAAUACACUUGAAAAAUUAAAAUCAUAUUUGAAUUGCAUAAUUAAGUACAUUAUUUGCUUACAAUUGGAAAUUAGAGCAAGAAUAUGUAUUCCUUGUCAAAACUGACUCAUUGAUACAGUAAGUACAUUGUAUAAAUUUUAACUUGGCUGGUAAUCAAUAUUGAAAAUGUUCCUGGUAAAAUGUCUGUAAUUCAACAAAAAAAAAACUGAAUGUUUUGAGAUUUGUGUCUUAUUGUCAGUUGAUAACUUACCGUAUUUGACUUUUGUAGAAAUAAGCAAUUCAUUGUUUAAAUAGGGUUUUUUUUUAGAGAGAGAGGUUUUCUCAACUUAGAACAGAGAGUAUAUCAGAAACGAAAUGAAUACACACGUGUGUUUUGAGUUUGAAACAGUUGCACAUGCCAACACGUGAGUAUGUGCUUGAAUGUGUUAUAAUGUAUGUGAAUUAUGAUGUUCAACAUUAUGCGUUCACCUUCAUUUCCUGUCCUGAAAUGACAACCAUGACACGCAGCAUCCGGCGGAAAGAAGAUUAUUACCGCAGAUGCCAGAAACUGAGUGAUGUUAACAGAUGUCAGAUGUCAGAUAUAUAUACUACUAAACCCAGCCUGCUGAUGAUAUUUGAUGGAAUUUUAUCUUUAUUACCUUGAAAUUUUUUUUUAUUCCCUGAUUAAUCAAAUUUUUCAUAACAUUUUAUGAGAAAUAAGAAGUGAACGAUAACUUUGUUUUGCUACAUUGGUUUUGUUUUGAGGGUGCCACACUGAAACCUUUAUUUUAAUAUGACCUUUGAUUUUUCAUAAUAAAAACAAACAACUCUAUCCAGGGAGGGUGGGAAUUAAAUUUGAAGUUCGAGUAAUAUAAAAAAUCACAUUUGAAAAGUGAAAUACUGUACUGUUAUAUUAAAUAUAGCUGAAUUUGAAUAUAUAUAAAUGUUUCGAAAAAUCAUUUUAAACAAUAUUUUGUGUGUAUAUAAGAUUAUUUAAGUCACUAAAUGCUAGAAAAUAAUAUGCCUUAAACAAAUAGAACCAUCCAAUUUUUUUAAAAAGUUUUGUUGGUACUGUAAAAAAUUGAUUUAACAUUUAAUAUGCAAAAUCAUAAUUUAAUGUUUGCAUAAAUAUAUCACUAUAAUAACCAAAUUUGAUAUUAAGAAAUUAUCACUUAUUAGUUUUUUAUUUACAUUGUUGUGUUUGGUAUAAUUAUACAAAAUAUCAAAUUAUCAACUUUCAUCCAAAAAAUAUAGCAGUUAAUUGGAUAUUGAAAUACAGAUUUAUGUAAUUUAAUUAGUAUUCCUCUAUUGUUUCAUAUGUUUGAUUUAUUGAUACUUAAGCUGACAUAGGUUGUUUUCUGCAUUCAAUUAAAGAUACAAAACUUUACAUAAGUAUGGUAGAAUGUAAGAAAUAUCAAAUAUUUUCCUUUCCCUACCCCAAUUUCCCUUCCUCAAUUUUUUCUCUUCAGCCAUUUUAGCAGCUUGUUUUUUUUUUUAAGUUAUAAUACCAAGUAGUGAUGUAGAUUUACUGUCAACCUGCAAUGGUCCUAUGAAUCGUCAAUGAAAGCCUUGUUUCUCUCUGGUUUUAAUGAAACAAUUGAUACCGUAGACAUGUCACAUCCACGCACAUCUAACAACGCACAUAAACACGUCACGCAAACACGACGUAACAAACACACAGGGUGACCAAGACAGCGACAAUACCAAAAAAUCAUCAAAACAUACUUCAAAUCCUUUAAUAUCAUUAUUGAUAAUUAAGCCUAAUAUAAAAUAUUAAUAAUUUCUGAUGAUUAUUUUAAGUUUUGAUACUAAAAAUACUUGGACUAAUUGAUGUGACUUAUUGGGACAUACACUCUUAACUGUUUUUAUAUCUGUAUUGUGACAAAGAAUUAGUACAUUCCAAACAGAUUAGGUAAAAGUUCAUUACUUCACCAUUCCUACAUUCAACCUGACCUAACUUUUUCACCCUUGCAUAGGUUAGACUAUAGAGGGUGCAAUUCAUGUUUUAUUUUAAUUUUAUCUAUUUUUGUCUAUAUUCUUUAGAGGACUUGAUACGUUAAUAUUAUCAAUUCCUCUUGCAUGAAAUGCAACUUUCGCAGCUAGUGUAUGGUAGUAAAAAAUUUAUUUUUGUUUUACAAUUAAUUUUGGUAGAUUAGAUUUGUAAACUGUUGUAAAAUAUUCUAUAUAUUUGUGCAUGAUAAAUAUUACUUGCAUUUUAAUAUUAUGAGAAUCUCCAAUUUAUUUUACCAUAUCUGGUAAUGAAAUAGUGUGUUUUGUAAGUGUGUGCUUAAUUUGACCCCUAGGUCACUCAAAAUAUUCCCCCCCCCCCUAGGUUUCUUAUAUAUUUUGCUUUAAUGUUUGCUUCCUUUGCAAUAUUUUCCUUUAAAAACUUCUAAUUAAAGUUUUAUUUCAAAUUUUAUUUAUUCGUGAUUAUGAUUUUAAAGAUUUUUGUGUGUAAAUUUCAUUUAAUGGUAUGAAAACUGUAGUUUAAUUAUUUCAAAAUAAUGAUAUUUAAAUAAGGAGUAAUUUGAUUUCUAAAACAUUUCAAUACAUAUCAAUUUUUACCAUGAAUUGAGUUGUGUAGCAUCAUCUUUAGGUGUUGUUGUUGGUCAGGUAUAUAUAUUUCAAUACUACCUACCAAUGUUUUUACCAAAAAAAAAUGUUUGUAAAACAAAAAGCUAAAGGUCCUCUAUCAGUUCAGUUUGAAAUUUAAAACAUCUUGCCUUCAAAAUUCUGAUAUGCAAACAUUCUAUUAAAGAUAUACUGCCUCAUAGCUCUAAAAACAUGAAAAUAAAAAAUACACAAAAAAAUAAAAAAUAAAUAAGCUUGCUUUGUCUAUUUUAAUACAUUAUUGGCAUUUAACUUUAAAUUAGAGGAAUAAAAGCUUGUUCAUUUAACAGCCUUUAAAUAAUGUCAUUCCUAUACUGUAUAUAAUAUAAUCUUAUAUAACUCUUAAAUUUCUGUCAGCAUAUUUACAUUAUUUCAUAUUAAAUCAUCUUUAAAUCAUUGAAAACAGAUUUUUUUUUCUGUGACUUAAUCAAAAGUUCAUUUUUCCUUUAAAAUAAUCAUUUUAGAUUUUAUUAAAUUUAUUGCAAGUGUUAUCUUUUCUAUAUUUUUCUAGCAGUAUAUCUGUAAACACAUAAACAAUGUCAUGUAAUUACAGACACAGAUAAUGUUAUUGUCAUAAAAAUACAACAUACAAUUAUGAAAUGUUUCUUUCUUAUUUCGAAACAAGUCCAGUACAAAAAUAAAUAUAAAUAUAUUAAAUAGCAUAUAUCACAAAAGCAAUUCUAACUACUGUACAUACACUUACAACAAACAUUAUCUUAAUUUCUUAAUAAAUUCAAUAAUUGCUGAAGGCAGGAAAAAAUUUCUAAAUUUAACAGUUUUAAUUUAAUUACUGAACUGUUGAUGGACUUUAUUUGCAGUUUUUUUGUUUAGCCAAAUAAUAUAAUUUAACCAUACUUUGCAAUAAUUAAAUCUGUGUAAUGAAAUAUAUUUAAAACCUUACCAAUGAAUUACUGUAAUUUCUUUUCCUCUAUUGUUAAAAAAUCAACAUGAAUAUUGAUUAUAUUUGCAUAAUAAUUUGCAUUGUUAAUCAGUACAUGUAUGUAAAUAAGAGUUCAACAAAACAGCAAUGCAUUAUGGGUCACUGAUACUUGUAUUUUAUGAAAUAUAACUGCUGAUGUAAAUAUCAUUUACAUUUGUGAUACUUUUUAAUCAUUAUAACUCUUAUGUUUGCUUUGUAUUAUUAUAAUUAUUUUGUAUUUUAUUCUCUAGAAAUGUUUUAUAUGAUUGUUAUUAAAUCCGGUGAUUUUUGUCUGCUAA